AGUUCUCAGGACAGCAGAGCGAGGCUGCGGUGCCUCUCGGCAUCCUCCUCAUGGUGCUGGUCCUCCUGGAGUUACUGUAUGCAAGUGGGCAGAUUGGCCCUGCGAUAAAUCAUGACAGAAAUGACUCUACCCUGAGUGCAGCUGGCCGGCUGUAUCUGCAGAGUAAUGAGAGUGGACACCUUGCCUUCUUCGCCAUCUUAGAUGUACAAGAUGGUGGGGCUGGCGAGGAUCGUGAGGACCAGUCCAUUCUUUGCACGGGUGAAUCGGGUGCCGGGAAGACAGAAAAUACCAAGAAAGUCAUUCAGUACCUCGCGCAUGUUGCCUCUUCACACAAAGGAAGAAAGGACCACAAUAUUCCUGGGGAACUUGAACGGCAGCUGUUACAAGCAAAUCCAAUUCUGGAAUCAUUUGGAAAUGCGAAGACUGUGAAAAAUGAUAAUUCAUCUCGCUUUGGCAAGUUUAUUCGGAUCAACUUUGAUGUAACUGGCUACAUUGUUGGGGCCAACAUUGAAACAUACCUUCUGGAAAAGUCUCGUGCUGUUCGUCAAGCUAAAGAUGAGCGUACGUUUCAUAUCUUCUACCAGCUGCUGUCUGGAGCAGGGGAGCACCUGAAGUCUGACUUACUCCUCGAAGGUUUUAAUAACUACAGAUUCCUCUCCAAUGGCUACAUUCCUAUUCCCGGACAGCAAGACAAGGAUAAUUUUCAGGAGACCAUGGAAGCGAUGCACAUAAUGGGCUUCUCUCACGACGAGGUCCUCUCAAUGCUUAAAGUCGUGUCUUCAGUGCUGCAGUUUGGAAACAUCUCUUUCAAAAAGGAGAGAAACACUGAUCAGGCUUCCAUGCCUGAAAACACAGUUGCACAGAAACUCUGCCACCUGCUUGGGAUGAACGUGAUGGAGUUCACGCGGGCUAUCCUCACCCCCCGGAUCAAGGUUGGCCGAGACUACGUACAGAAAGCCCAGACCAAAGAGCAAGCAGAUUUUGCGGUGGAAGCGCUGGCCAAGGCUACCUAUGAGCGGUUGUUUCGCUGGCUUGUUCAUCGCAUCAAUAAAGCGCUGGAUAGAACCAAACGCCAGGGAGCGUCUUUCAUUGGGAUCCUGGAUAUUGCUGGAUUUGAAAUUUUUGAGCUGAACUCCUUCGAGCAGCUGUGCAUCAACUACACCAACGAGAAGCUGCAGCAGCUGUUCAACCACACCAUGUUCAUCCUGGAGCAGGAGGAGUACCAGCGCGAGGGCAUCGAGUGGAACUUCAUCGACUUCGGCCUGGACCUGCAGCCAUGCAUCGACCUGAUCGAGCGGCCGGCGAAUCCCCCUGGUGUGCUGGCCCUCCUGGAUGAAGAAUGCUGGUUCCCCAAAGCCACAGAUAAAACUUUUGUUGAAAAGCUGGUUCAGGAGCAAGGUUCCCACUCCAAGUUCCAGAAGCCACGGCAACUGAAAGACAAAGCUGACUUCUGCAUCAUCCACUAUGCAGGGAAGGUGGACUACAAGGCAGAUGAGUGGCUGAUGAAGAACAUGGACCCUCUGAAUGACAACGUGGCCACCCUCCUGCACCAGUCGUCAGACAGAUUCGUGGCUGAGCUUUGGAAGGACGAGAUUCAGAAUAUUCAGAGAGCUUCUUUCUAUGACAGUGUAUCUGGUCUUCAUGAGCCGCCAGUGGACCGCAUUGUAGGUCUGGAUCAGGUCACUGGGAUGACUGAGACAGCUUUCGGCUCUGCGUACAAAACCAAGAAGGGCAUGUUCCGGACCGUGGGGCAGCUCUACAAAGAGUCCCUCACCAAGCUGAUGGCAACCCUCCGAAACACCAACCCCAACUUCGUUCGCUGCAUCAUUCCAAAUCACGAGAAGCGGGCCGGAAAACUGGACCCACACCUCGUGCUGGACCAGCUCCGCUGCAAUGGUGUCCUGGAAGGGAUCAGGAUCUGUCGCCAGGGCUUCCCCAACCGCAUCGUCUUCCAGGAGUUCAGACAGAGAUAUGAGAUCCUAACUCCCAAUGCUAUUCCUAAAGGCUUCAUGGAUGGCAAACAGGCCUGCGAGCGAAUGAUCCGGGCUUUAGAACUGGACCCAAACCUGUACAGAAUUGGACAGAGCAAGAUAUUUUUUCGAGCUGGAGUUUUGGCGCACUUAGAAGAAGAAAGAGAUUUAAAAAUCACCGAUAUCAUCAUCUUUUUCCAAGCUGUAUGCAGAGGCUACCUAGCCAGGAAGGCCUUUGCCAAGAAGCAGCAGCAACUGAGUGCCUUGAGGGUCUUGCAGCGGAACUGCGCGGCGUACCUGAAGCUGCGACACUGGCAGUGGUGGCGCGUCUUCACGAAGGUGAAGCCUCUCCUCCAAGUGACCCGCCAGGAGGAAGAGCUCCAGGCAAAAGAUGAGGAGCUGCUGAAAGUGAAAGAGAAGCAGACGAAAGUGGAAGGGGAGCUUGAGGAGAUGGAGAGGAAGCACCAGCAGCUGCUGGAGGAGAAGAACAUCCUCGCAGAGCAGCUGCAAGCCGAGACCGAGCUCUUCGCCGAGGCAGAGGAGAUGAGGGCGCGACUCGCCGCCAAGAAGCAGGAGCUGGAGGAGAUCCUCCAUGACCUGGAGUCCAGGGUGGAGGAGGAGGAGGAGAGGAACCAGCUCCUCCAGAGCGAGAAGAAGAAAAUGCAAGCACACAUUCAGGACCUGGAGGAGCAGCUGGAUGAGGAGGAGGGGGCCCGUCAGAAGCUGCAGCUGGAGAAGGUGACGGCAGAGGCUAAAAUGAAGAAGAUGGAAGAGGAGGUGCUGCUUCUGGAAGACCAGAAUUCCAAGUUCAUCAAAGAAAAGAAGCUGAUGGAAGAGCGCAUCGCUGAGUGCUCCUCUCAGCUGGCUGAGGAGGAGGAAAAGGCGAAGAACUUGGCCAAAAUCAGGAACAAGCAAGAAGUGAUGAUCUCAGAUUUAGAAGAGCGCUUGAAGAAGGAGGAGAAGACUCGACAAGAACUGGAAAAGGCCAAACGGAAACUGGACGGGGAAACCACUGACCUGCAGGACCAGAUCGCUGAGCUCCAGGCGCAGGUCGAUGAGCUCAAACUCCAGCUGGCCAAGAAGGAUGAGGAGCUUCAGGCGUCUUUUGACAGAGGAGAUGAUGAGACGCUGCAUAAGAAUAACGCGCUGAAAGUUGCGCGGGAGCUGCAGGCCCAAAUCGCCGAGCUCCAGGAAGACUUUGAGUCUGAAAAGGCUUCGCGGAACAAGGCUGAGAAGCAGAAACGGGACUUGAGCGAGGAGCUGGAAGCUCUGAAGACGGAGCUGGAGGACACUCUGGACACCACCGCAGCGCAGCAGGAACUACGCACAAAACGUGAGCAGGAAGUGGCCGAGCUGAAGAAGGCUCUUGAGGACGAGACUAAGAGCCACGAAGCUCAGGUCCAGGACAUGAGGCAGAGGCACGCCACGGCACUGGAGGAGCUGUCCGAGCAGCUGGAACAGGCUAAACGGUUCAAAGCCAAUCUGGAAAAGAACAAGCAGGGCCUGGAGACGGACAACAGGGAGCUGGCGUGUGAGGUGAAGGCGCUGCAGCAGGUCAAGGCUGAGUCUGAGCAGAGGAAGAAGCUGGACGCGCAGGUCCAGGAGCUCCACGCCAAGGUGUCGGAGGGUGACAGGCUCAGGGUAGAGCUGGCUGAGAAAGCAAACAAGCUGCAGAACGAGCUAGAUAAUGUCUCAACCCUCCUGGAGGAAGCCGAGAAGAAAGGUAUCAAGUUUGCUAAGGAUGCAGCUGGUCUCGAGUCUCAACUACAGGACACACAGGAGCUCCUGCAGGAGGAGACGCGGCAGAAGCUGAACCUGAGCGGUCGGGUGCGGCAGCUGGAGGAGGAGAAGAGCAGCCUGCAGGAGCAGCAGGAGGAGGAGGAGGCGGCCAGGAGGAACCUGGAAAAGCAGCUGCUGGCCCUGCAGGCCCAGUUGGCCGACACCAAGAAGAAAGUCGAUGAUGACCUGGGGACAAUUGAGGGUUUGGAGGAAGCCAAGAAGAAACUGCUUAAGGACGUGGAGGCGCUGAGUCAGCGGCUGGAGGAGAAGACCCUGGCGUCUGACAAGCUGGAGAAGACCAAGAACCGGCUGCAGCAGGAACUGGACGACCUGACGGUGGACCUGGACCACCAGCGCCAGAUCGUCUCCAGCCUGGAGAAGAAACAGAAGAAGUUUGACCAGCUGUUGGCAGAAGAGAAGAACAUCUCAGCUCGCUAUGCUGAAGAGCGGGACCGAGCCGAAGCCGAGGCCAGAGAGAAAGAAACCAAAGCGCUGUCCCUGGCGCGGGCCCUUGAGGAAGCCUUGGAGGCCAAGGAGGAGUUCGAGAGACAGAACAAACAGCUCCGAGCCGACAUGGAGGACCUGAUGAGCUCUAAAGACGACGUGGGCAAGAAUGUCCACGAGCUCGAGAAAUCCAAGCGGGCCUUGGAGCAGCAGGCGGAGGAAAUGAGGACGCAGCUGGAGGAGCUGGAGGACGAGCUGCAGGCCACGGAGGACGCCAAGCUCCGCCUGGAGGUCAACAUGCAGGCCAUGAAGGCCCAGUUUGAGAGGGACCUGCAGACCAGGGACGAGCAGAACGAGGAAAAGAAGCGGCUGCUGCUUAAACAGGUGGGCUGAGGGAGGCCGGGCCUU